UACUGACCCACUUCCUGUCCUCUCUGAAAGGUUGACAGUGGGCCCAGAGACGCUCAUGUGGACGUGUCCUGUCUGACGGUGAAGCCUGUGUCAGCUGAUCAGCCAUGAUGACAACUGUUGCAGCCGAGUUCGACCACAUGGAGCUGCAGCAGCAGUACAGCAGCAGUGACACGGUCAACAACCGCUGGGACGACGACUGGGACAACGAGAACAGUUCAGCCCGACUCUUCGAGAGGUCCCGCAUCAAAGCACUGGCAGAUGAACGAGAGGCAGUUCAGAAGAAGACCUUCACCAAAUGGGUCAACUCCCACCUGUCCAGGGUCUCCUGCAGGAUCACAGACCUCUACAUGGACCUGAGAGACGGACGGAUGCUCAUCAAACUGCUGGAGGUUCUCUCCGGAGAGAGACUGCCGAAGCCCACCAAAGGCCGGAUGCGGAUCCACUGCCUGGAGAACGUGGACAAAGCUCUGCAGUUCCUGAAGGAGCAGCGGGUUCACUUGGAGAACAUGGGCUCCCAUGACAUCGUGGACGGGAAACCUGACCUGAUUGACUUUGAUAAACUGAAGAAGUCCAACGCUCACUACAACCUGCAGAAUGCGUUUAACCUGGCAGAGCAACACCUGGGCCUGACCAAGCUGCUGGACCCAGAAGAUAUCAGCGUGGACCAGCCUGAUGAGAAGUCUGUCAUCACCUACGUGGUCACCUACUAUCACUACUUCUCCAAGAUGAAGGCUCUGAAGGUGGAGGGGAAACGCAUCGGGAAGGUUCUGGACCACGCCAUCGAGACAGAGAGGAUGAUUGAGAAGUACGAGUCUCUGGCCUCGGACCUGCUGGAGUGGAUCGAGCAGACCAUCAUCAUCCUCAACAACAGGAAGUUUGCCAACUCUCUGGUGGGGGUCCAGCAGCAGCUGCAGGCCUUCAACACCUACCGGACUGUGGAGAAGCCUCCAAAGUUUACGGAGAAGGGGAACCUGGAGGUCCUGCUCUUCACCAUCCAGAGCAAGAUGAGAGCCAACAACCAGAAGGUCUACAUGCCUCGUGAAGGAAAACUCAUCUCUGACAUCAACAAGGCGUGGGAGCGGCUGGAGAAGGCGGAGCACGAGAGGGAGCUGGCCCUGAGGACCGAGCUGAUCCGUCAGGAGAAGCUGGAGCAGCUGGCCAGGCGCUUCGACAGGAAGGCGGCCAUGAGGGAGACCUGGCUGAGCGAGAACCAGAGGCUGGUGUCUCAGGACAACUUUGGUUUUGACCUCCAAGCCGUGGAGGCGGCCACCAAGAAGCACGAGGCCAUCGAGACGGACAUCGCCGCGUACAAGGAGCGCGUCCAGGCCGUGGUUGCCGUGGCCAAGGAGCUGGAGGCGGAGYGUUACCACGACAUCAAACGCAUCGCAGCCAGGAAGGACAACGUGACGCGGCUGUGGGAGUACCUGCUGGAGCUGCUGAAGGCCCGCAGACAGAGGCUGGAGAUGAACCUGGGUCUGCAGAGGGUUUUCCAGGAGAUGCUCCACAUCAUGGACUGGAUGGACGAGAUGAAGAUGUUGCUGCUGUCUCAGGACUAUGGCAAACAUCUGCUGGGGGUGGAAGACCUGCUGCAGAAACACGCCUUGGUGGAGGCCGACAUCUCCAUCCAGGCCGACCGGGUGAAGGCCGUGGUCACCAACGCCAACAGACACUCUGUGUGCGACAGCGGGUACAAGCCCUGUGACCCUCAGAUCAUCCAGGACCGGGUGGCCCACCUGGAGUUCUGCUACCAGGAGCUGAGCCAGCUGGCCGCGGAGCGUCGUGCCCACCUGGAGGAGUCUCGUCGCCUCUGGAAGUUCUUGUGGGAGCUGGCGGAGGAGGAGGGCUGGAUCCGUGAGAAAGAGCAGAUCCUGUCCUCCCUGGAGCUAGGUAAAGACCUGACGGGGGCUGUGCGCCUGCUGAGCCAGCAGCGCGCCCUGGAAGAUGAGAUGAGCGGACGCGCUGGGCACCUGCAGCACACCAUAGCCGAGGGCCAGACCAUGGUCCAGGUGGGUCACUUCGGUGCCGCCAGGAUCCAGGAGCGCGUCGCGGACCUCCAGGCUCAGUGGGCCGCCCUCGAGCAGCUGGUCGCCUCGAGGAAGAGGAGACUGGAGGAAGCUCUGGCUCUGCACCAGUUCCAGGCGGACGCGGACGACGUGGACGCCUGGACUCUGGACGCUCUGCGCAUCGUCUCCAGUGGAGAGACCGGCCACGACGAGUUCUCCACCCAAGCUCUGGUCCGGAAGCACAAGGACGCCGCAGCAGAGGUGGCCAGCUACCGCUCAGUUAUCGACUCCCUACACGAGCAGGUGGCGGCGCUGCCCCGGGACGAGGCGGAGUCAGAGGAGGUGCGCGGCCGGCUGGCUGGCAUCGAGGAGCGCUACAGGGAGGUGUCUGAGCUGACCAAGCUGAGGAAGCAGGCGCUGCAGGACACGCUGGCGCUCUACAAGAUGUUCAGCGAGGUGGACGCCUGCCAGGUCUGGAUCGACGAGAAGGAGCAGUGGCUCAACGGCAUGGAGAUCCCCGAGAAACUGGAGGACCUGGAGGUCAUACAGCACAGGUUCGAGAGUCUGGAACCAGAGAUGAACAGCCAGGCGUCUCGUGUAGCUGUGGUGAACCAGAUCGCCCGACAGCUGGUCCACAGUGGACACCCGAGUCACAAGGACAUCAAGACUCAGCAGGACAAGCUCAACAACAGGUGGAGUCAGUUCCGGGACCUUGUGGACCAAAAGAAAGAGUCCCUGAACUCAGCUCUGGGUGUGCAGAACUACCACCUGGACUGCAACGAGACCAAGUCCUGGAUCAGAGAGAAAACCAAAGUCAUCGAGUCCACCCAAGAGCUGGGCAACGACCUGACCGGAGUCAUGGCCCUGCAGCGGAAACUGACCGGCAUGGAGCGGGACCUGCUCGCCAUCCAGGACAAGCUGGGGGACCUGCAGACCGAGGCCCAGCAGCUUUCUGAGGAGCACCCAGACCAGGCCAAGGCCAUCACUGGACGGCUGGCCGAGAUCACCGCCGUCUGGAACGAGAUGAAGAACACUCUGAAGACCCGGGAGGAGUCUCUGGGCGAAGCCCGCAAACUGCAGCAGUUUCUACGGGAGCUGGACGACUUCCAGGCCUGGCUGUCCCGCACUCAGACCGCCAUCGCCUCUGAGGACAUGCCCAACACGCUGGCCGAGGCCGAGAAGCUGAUGGCCCAGCACCAAAGCAUCAAGAACGAGGUCCAGAACUACGAAGAGGACUACCAGAAGAUGCGGGACAUGGGCGAGAUGGUGACGCAGGGUCAGACCGAUGCUCAGCACAUGUUCCUGCACCAGAGGCUGCAGGCGCUCCACACCGGCUGGAACGAGCUGCACAGGAUGUGGGAGAACCGGCAGAACCUGCUGUCCCAGUCYCAUGCCUACCAGCUGUUCCUGAGGGACACCAGGCAGGCCGAGGCCUUCCUCAACAACCAGGAGUAUAUCCUGGCUCACACGGAGUUGCCCACCACUCUGGAGGGUGCUGAGGCUGCCAUCAAGAAGCAGGAGGACUUUAUGACCACCAUGGACGCCAGCGAGGAUAAGAUCAACGCCGUGAUUGAAGCGGGCCGGAGGCUGGCGGCUGACGGGAACAUCAACGCCGAUCGUAUCCAGGAACGAGUGUCCUCCAUCGAUGACAGGCAUAAGAAGAACAGGGAGGCUGCUGUGGAGCUGCUGAUGAGACUGAAGGACAAUCGAGACCUGCAGAAGUUCCUCCAGGACUGUCAAGAGCUGUCUCUGUGGAUCAGUGAGAAGAUGCUGACAGCGCAGGACAUGACCUAUGAUGAGGCUAGGAACCUGCACAGCAAGUGGCUGAAACACCAGGCCUUCAUGGCUGAACUGCAGUCCAACAAGGAGUGGCUGGACAAAAUCCAGAAGGACGGGAUGCUGCUGGUGUCAGAGAAGCCCGAGACAGAGGCGGUGGUGAAGGAGAAGCUCUCGUUGCUCCAUGGCACGUGGGACAAGCUGGAAUCCACCACUCAGACCAAAGCCCAAUGUCUGUUCGACGCCAACAAGGCUGAGCUGUUCACGCAGAGCUGCACCGACCUGGACAAGUGGCUGGGCAGCCUGGAGGGCCAGAUCCAGUCUGAUGACUACGGCAAAGACCUGACGUCCGUCAACAUCCUGCURAAGAAGCAGCAGAUGUUGGAGAACCAGGUGGAGGUGCGUCAGAGGGAGGUGGUGGAGCUGCAGAGCCAAGUGAAGGCCCUUGGUCAGGAGGUGAAAGACACUGACGAGGUGGACGGGCGUAGACAGGUGGUGGAGAAGAAGUUCCAGGAGCUGCUGGAACCGCUGCGGCAGCGCAGAAAUUUCCUAGUGGCAUCCAGAGAAAUUCAUCAGUUCAACCGUGACAUCGAGGACGAAAUCCUCUGGGCCCAUGAGAGGAUGCCUGUGGCCACAUCCACUGACUAUGGACACAACCUGCAGACAGUUCAGCUGCUCAUCAAGAAGAACCAGACGGUAGAGAAGGAAAUCCAGGGUCAUCAGCCUCGUAUCACUGACAUCCUGGAGCGCAGUCAGAGUCUGCUGCAGGAUCAGUCCUCCAACACUAAUGUGAUCCGCCAGCGUCUCUCCGACCUGCAGCAGCUUUGGAAGCAGUUGAUGGAAGAAGUGGAGCGGCGGCACAAACGGCUUCAGGAGGCCCACAAAGCCCAGCAGUAUUACUUUGAUGCCGCCGAGGCAGAGGCCUGGAUGAGUGAACAGGAGCUCUACAUGAUGUCAGAGGAGAAGGCCAAGGACGGGCAGAGCGCUGUCAACAUGCUGAAAAAACAUCAGAUCAUGGAGCAGGCGGUUGAGGACUACGCCGAGACUGUCCAUCAGCUGUCUAAGACCAGCAGAGGACUCGUGGCUGAUGGACACCCAGAGAGUGAGCGAAUCAGUAUGCGGCAGUCCAAGGUUGACAAGCUAUACGCUGGCCUGAAGGACCUGUCUGAGGAGAGGCGUGGCAAACUAGAUGAGAGGCUCCACCUCUUCCAGCUCAAUCGAGAGGUGGAUGACCUAGAACAGUGGAUUGCUGAGCGAGAGGUGGUGGCCGGGUCACACGAGCUGGGCCAGGAUUACGAACACGUCACUAUGCUGCAGGAGCGUUUCCGGGAGUUUGCACGGGACACUGGAAACAUUGGACAGGAGCGUGUAGACGCUGUUAACCGGCUGGCAGAUGAGCUGAUCAAUGCCGGGCAUGGUGAUGCAGCCACAGUAGCUGAGUGGAAAGACGGACUGAAUGAGGCCUGGGCAGACCUGCUGGAGCUUAUCGACACCAGAACUCAAAUCCUUGCUGCCUCCUUUGAGCUCCACAAGUUCUACCACGAUGCCAAGGAGAUCUUAGGACGCAUCGCAGACAAGCAGAAAAAGCUGCCAGAAGAGGUGGGCCGAGACCAAAACACGGUGGAGACUCUGCAGAGGAUGCACACCACCUUUGAACACGACAUCCAGGCACUGGGAACGCAGGUGAGGCAGCUGCAGGAGGAUGCGGUGCGCCUGCAGUCAGCGUACGCCGGGGACAAGGCAGAUGAUAUUCAGCGCAGGGAAAGCGAAGUUCUGGAGGCCUGGAGGAGUCUGCUGGAGGCCUGUGAAGGACGCAGGGUCCGUCUCCUGGACACCGGGGACAAGUUCCGCUUCUUCAGCAUGGUCCGGGACCUCAUGCUGUGGAUGGAGGACGUGAUCCGGCUUAUUGAGGCCCAGGAAAAACCCAGAGAUGUGUCUUCUGUGGAGCUGCUGAUGAACAACCAUCAGGGCAUCAAGGCGGAGAUCGACGCCCGUAACGACAGCUUCACCACCUGCAUCGAGCUGGGGAAAGCUCUGCUGGCCAGAAAACACUACGCUUCACCGGAGAUCAAGGAGAAGCUGCUGCAGCUGACGGACAAAAGGAAGGAGAUGAUUGAUAAGUGGGAGGACCGAUGGGAGUGGCUCCGCCUCAUCCUGGAGGUGCACCAGUUCUCGCGGGACGCGGGUGUGGCCGAGGCAUGGCUGCUGGGCCAGGAGCCGUACCUGUCCAGCAGAGAGGUGGGCCAGAGCGUGGACGAGGUGGAGAAGCUCAUCAAACGCCACGAAGCCUUCGAGAAGUCCGCCGCCACCUGGGAGGAGCGCUUCUCUGCCCUGGAGAGGCUGACCACGCUGGAGCUGCUGGAGGUCAGGAGGCAGCAGGAGGAGGAGGAGAGGAGGAGGAAACCAACACCUGCAGAACCAGCUGUGGUCCAGCAGGAAGAAGCUCAGCAGCAGCAGAGCGUCGUCACUCAGAACGGCCUCCCAUCGGACCAGAACUCUCCUCAGGAUGCAGGGGACGAUCUGGCUAACGGGAUUGCUGAGCACAGCUCAAAGGAAACAAGCCCCGCCCCCUCGCCGACGUCCGGCAGGAAGACUAAAAGCCAGUCGGCCACACUGCCCACCAAGAACCAGGACCUGACCUGGCAGCCCGAAGGCUUCCUGCACCGUAAACACGAGUGGGAGGGGCACAACAAGAAGGCCUCCAACAGGUCGUGGCACAACGUGUACUGCGUCAUCAAAAACAAGGAAGUGAGCUUCUACAAGGACAGCAAGGCAGCUGGACAGGGCGUGGCUUACCACGGCGAGCCAUCUGUCAGCCUGAAGAAUGCCACCUGUGACGUGGCCUCUGAGUACAAGAAGAAGAAACACGUCUUCAAACUCAGAGCCCCAAAUGGAAACGAGUAUCUGUUCCAAGCCAAAGAUGAAGAGGAGAUGAGCACCUGGAUCCAGGCCAUCCUGAACGCCGCUGACCUCUCCCACACGGAGGGCAGCAACCCCGGCACACCGGCCUCAGUGCGCGCUCAGACCAUGCCCGCCAUCGUCUCGGUCGGCGCCGAGUCCAGUCCCGGCAAGAAGGACAAGGAGAAACGCUUCAGCUUGUUCAGCAAGAAGAAACAGUAGAACCUGGAGGAGUAAAGCAGAACCCUGACCCAGAACACCUCAGUGGAACCAGCCUGACGCUCUGACCCCGAACACCUCACGGUUCUGUCAGGACCCCUUCAUGUUUCAGCUUCCUGAAGGUCCAAACAGAACCUCGUCUUCUGAAACCUUCAGAACCAGACAUCCAGAGUUCUGAUCCUGGUUCUGCUGCAGAACCCUUACAGUUCUGGUUCUGCUGCAGCCUUCAGUGACACAGACCCAGCCACUGUCAUGUGAUGGUAACUGGGUCGUUAAAGGAGCAGCAGUGUUCUGAUACGUUUUCACUGAAUGGAUCAGAACAGAAGCUGAUGGGAACAACAGAAACUGAACCGUGUCGGGUGAGUGUUGGGUCAACCCUAACCCUGACUGUGUCAGGUUUGGUUUCACUGACAUUUUCUGGGUUCUGAAAGGCUUGGUUCUGUUGUGUUUGUGGUGGGCGGAGCGUCACUGGACUCAUCAGAGCAUCUGUCAGCUCUGAUUGGUUACUCCGGCGCAACGCUGACCUGAGCAGGGACCAGUUCCUGAGCUUUGGGGGUUUUGUUUUUCCUCCGUUCUGUGAGGGUUCUGGAGAAAACUGGACCAACUGUGCUUUUAACUUUCUAUCGGUUCUGUUUCAUGUAAAAAUGUUCACCUGCAUGCUUCAUGUAGAGCUCACCUGAAACUUUUUCUUUGGUUCUGUCGGCUCCGGAGUGGAGAACUGCACAACCGGCUGGAGUUGUCUCGUUCCACAGUGCUCCGAUACUUUCUGCUCACAGUUCUGAUCCGUAACUUAACCAACAUGUAUGACCGUCUGUGCACAAUCAGAACCUGCUGCGUAUUAAACCACUGCGUAUCACACUGCACCUGAACUCAUUAAAGCUUUGAAACUAUACACACUA